UUCGCCGCCAACACAAACGCAGUAAGGAUCGGAAAAUCCAGUUUAAACGGAUUGAACGGCAGAGCAGAGGAGACACAAUGGUGAAGGAGGACGAGGGCACCGUAUCAGGCCGGUUGGUGGAAGUCGAACUGGAAACCCUAAUCCUGCAGAAAGUGGAAGUAGUCUCCUCUUUGAUUGUUUCCGCGAAGCACGUCGACCAAGUGAUUUGUGCCCUCCAUUCCCUAGCCGUUCGUCUCUUCCCACUCGAUUCCUCUAUCAUAUUAGGUGCUAGUGAUCCUCAGUACGCAAGCCAGGCGUUGGCUGCUGAAGUCUCGAAUGAUUCUGAAAGAGAUGAGUGGAAGCGUGUUUUUUACCAUGGGGUCGCCUUUCCUGCCAUGUCUAAGAUGCUUAUAUACAAUGUUACGUCUAGUUGGUUGAAUUUAUUUUCUUCUCGAGCACGCAAGCAAGUUUAUGAUUCAUUCUUUGUGGAAGGUCCCCCUUCUGAGAUCAUUCAGGCCUUGGUUCCUGCUCUCACACAAAGUGGAAACACUGAUAGAAUUAAGCUCAAGCCUAUUUAUUCAAAUAUUGAAAGGUUAUUGAUUUUGUGCUUACUUGAAAGAAAAGGGGUGCAGCUUAUGGUUUCCGAAUUUGGUAAUCCAUACACAGUUGUCGGAAAUCUUGGUGGAAUAUUGAAAGCAGACAGGUCUUUAAUUAUAUCCAGGGUUGCACAACUUCUUGCUUCCAUUCCUGACAAAGCAACACUGGAAACUCUACCUUUACUUUCAUCACACUCUUUCGCGCGAUGCAUUGUCAUUCAACUUCUUGAUGGAGCAGAAAGAAGAGCUUUGGAAUUACAUAGAGUGGAUAAACCUGAUGCAGCUAACCUGGAUGGUAGCCUUUUUUUCGUUGGAGAAACUUUUCAACGUAUAUGUAGACGUGGAUCUGCAGACAUUCUUGCAGAUGAGAUGAUUCCCAGAAUUCUUUCUCUUGUCCAAAGCUGCUUGUUGUCAAAGUCUAAUUCUGCUAUCACUAAUAUGUUUGAGAAGACUCCAAAAUCUCUAUUUUGGUUGAGGAUUGUGGAAACGAUUAAGGACAGAUAUGCUGUAGAAAGAUUGUCCGAAGUGUUACUUAGGCAGCUGUCAACUAAGAAUGUCAAUGAUGGGGAAGCAUAUUGGGCUCUCUGGUUGCUGUUUAACCGGUGCUUCAAGCUCGAAAAUACGAUGAGGGCUAUGUUCGUGGACAAAUUUUUGCUUUGGAAAGUAUUUCCAGUGUGCUGCCUGAGAUGGAUUAUUCAGUUCUCCAUUAUUGAACAUGCACCGGACGAUGAUGAAUGCCCAACACGCCUGAAGACUAAAAGGUUCUUGGACGUUGUGCAGCGCUUAGUUACUGUGUGGUCCAAGCAUGAUUUUGUUCAGUCAGCUCAAGUGGAGCAGCAAGCUUAUAUAACUGCAGCUAUUGGUUUGUGUUUGGAGAAAAUGACCAAUGAAGAACUAGAAACAACUCAAGAUGUAUUGUCAUCUAUUCUUCAAGGAGUCAGCUGCAGGUUAGGGAGCCCGAUUCAUUUAAUUAGGAAAAUGGGUUGUGCUAUUGCUUUAGCCUUCUCUAGAGUAGUUGAUCCAGCAAAGCCCCUCUAUCUUGACGACAUCUGCUGUGAAAAUAUUGAUUGGGAAUUUGGGAUUAAUUCUCUGACCCAGAAGCCAGAAGCAAAUGGAAUUUUAAUUGACAACGCUGAAUUAAAAAAUUCAAAUAGAUUUACUGAUCAUGCAUGUUUUGGUAAGAAACAUAAGGAUGUGAAAGAUAAUGGGGAUCGAAGUAAAAUUAAGAUUUUGGAGGUGAGAAAGAAUGUUCCUGAUAAGAGUAUUGAAUCAGUAUCUCUUAAUAGUGGGCUCGUGGAUGAUGAAGUCAGUGAUGAUGAAAGCAAGCAUUCUGAAGUUUCAAGUGAUUCAUCCUUACAACCUUAUGAUCUCUCCGAUGAUGAUACCGAUUUACAAAAAAAAUUCUCACAAUUGGCUGAUAUCAGUUCAGCUUUACGAAAACCUGAUGAUCCCGAUGGUAUUGAGCUAGCACUUAAUGUUGCUGAAAAGCUCAUAAGAGCAGCACCUGAUGAGCUCCAUCACCUUUCUGGUGAUCUUGUUCAAGCAUUAGUGCAUGUUCGUUGUGCUGAUGCAGCUAUUGAAGGCCAGGAAGAUUCUGCUGAAGAAAAGAGGCAAAGGGCUUUAGUUGCUCUGAUUGUGACAUGCCCAUUUGAAUCUUUGGAUAUUCUUACAAAGUUACUUUAUUCUUCAAAUGUGGAUGUUAGUCAACGUCUCCUAAUAAUUGACGUUAUGACAGAGGCCGCCCAGGAGCUUGCUAAUGCUACUUUCUUUACUAGGAUUAGUCAAUCAAAGAGCUUGAUUUCUUCUAUUGCAGCAAACCAGCCAUGGUAUUUUCCAAGUCAUAGUGAACCUAAUGGAGCAGGUCCCUGGAAGGAGGUUGAGGAAGUUGGACUUUUAAGUUGGUCUCACAGAUAUGAGAGAGUACUUCCCUCCAGACCCGGGCAAGUAAAGAAAGGGAAAUCACGGAGAUGGAGUAUUGGGAAAACUAGUGUCUCCCAACCAGAGCACUCUAAAAAUAAAUUUCCUCUGUAUGCUGCUGCUUUUAUGCUUCCUGCAAUGCAAGGAUACGACAAAAGGAGGCGUGGACUUGACUUACUAAACAGGGACUUCAUUGUUCUUGGAAAAUUGAUUCAUAUGCUUGGUGUGUGUAUGAAAUGCAUUGCGAUGCAUCCAGAAGCAACAAUCUUGGGCUCCCACCUUAUUGAUAUGUUAAAGUCUCGGGAUGUAGCUCAUCAUGCAGAAGCAUAUGUUAGAAGUUCUGCUCUUUUUGCGGCCUCAAGUAUUCUACAGGCUCUGCAUCCAUCUUAUGUGGCAUCUGCUUUGAUUGAAGGCAAUGAUGAAAUUUCUAAUGGGCUGGAGUGGAUUCGCAUAUGGGCUCUUCAGAUUGCUGAGUCUGACCCUGAUACUGAGUGUUCAACUAUGGCUAUGCGAUGUCUUCAGCUCCAUUCUGAAAUGGCCCUCCAGACUUCUCGCUCUCUUGAAACUGCACAAUCUUUCAGAUCAAAGGGUUGCAUCUCGCCUACAUUGAUGAAGGACAUUAUAAUACCUUCUUCAAAUCGGUGAUAAGGUGUGAACUAUGCUCAUGUGCAUUGUAUUUCUUGUAAAUAUUGUUCAAUCUUUAUUUCACUUUCAUACUUUUACACUUUUUAGCUCAAAUUUAUAUUAUAUGGAAUAUUUCAUAAGCGGAUGUUCAUCAAAACUUUGCAGACUGCAUUUGUUACUUG